GACACAACAGUUUUUGACGCCCACACAUAAUUUUGCAAUAGUUAUUAUUGGCAAACGAAUCAUAGCAACGGGCGGAUAAACAAAUGCAAAGAAAAACGUUAAUCAUUAAAUUCUCUUAAAAAGUAGACAUUUCGUGCGACCCAAUUGAGAUAGAGAGAGAGAGAGAGAUGCCGCAGGAGCAGACAACGGCGUCAUCGUCGCAGCAGCUCGAUGACGAAAUCGAAAAUGUUCGCGUUGUGGUUCGAUCCAGGCCAAUGGAUAAAAUGGAGCUGUCCAGCGGAGCCCUGGGCGCCAUUCAGGUGGAUAAAAUCAAUCGUGCCAUCACAGUGAUGAAACCGAAUGCCACAGCCAAUGAGCCGCCCAAAACUUAUUAUUUCGAUAAUGUUUUCGAUGGCGUCUCCAAUCAAAUGGAUUUAUAUGUGGACACAGCGCGUCCAAUUGUCGACAAGGUGCUCGAGGGGUACAAUGGCACCAUAUUGGCUUAUGGUCAGACGGGUACAGGCAAGACAUACACCAUGUCUGGGAAUCCGGAUUCUCCACAGACCAAGGGCAUCAUUCCGAAUGCCUUUGCGCAUAUUUUCGGGCACAUUGCCAAGGCGCGAGAGAACCAAAAGUUUCUGGUGCGUGUCAGCUACAUGGAGAUAUACAAUGAAGAGGUGCGCGAUCUGCUCGGCAAGGAUGUGAGCAAGAGUCUGGAGGUGAAGGAACGCCCCGACAUUGGUGUCUUUGUCAAGGAUUUGAGUGGCUAUGUGGUGCACAAUGCGGAUGAUCUGGAGAACAUUAUGCGACUGGGCAACAAGAAUCGUGCUGUGGGCGCCACGAAAAUGAAUCAGGAAUCCUCUCGCUCGCAUGCCAUCUUCUCGAUCACGGUGGAGAGCAGCGAACUGGCCGAAGGUGAUAUGCAACAUGUCCGCAUGGGCAAACUGCAGCUGGUGGAUCUGGCGGGAUCGGAGAGGCAGUCCAAAACGCAGGCGACCGGACAGCGUCUCAAGGAGGCCACCAAAAUUAAUCUGUCGCUGUCGGUGCUGGGCAAUGUGAUUAGCGCUCUCGUGGAUGGGAAGAGCACUCACAUCCCCUAUCGCAACUCGAAGCUGACCCGUUUGCUGCAGGAUUCGUUGGGUGGCAACUCGAAGACGGUCAUGUGUGCCACCAUUAGUCCAGCAGAUUGCAAUUAUAUGGAGACAAUCUCCACGCUGCGCUAUGCGAGUCGCGCCAAGAACAUCCAGAAUCGCAUGCACAUCAAUGAGGAGCCGAAGGAUGCACUGCUGCGUCAUUUCCAGGAGGAGAUUGCACGUCUGCGCAAGCAGCUGGAGGAGGGCAGCUUUGAGGAUGAGCAGCAGCCGGAGGACGACGACGAGGAGGAUGCUGAGGGCGACGAUACCUGUGACGAUGAGUUGGAGGCGCCUUUGGAAGUUGAGCUGGAAUCGUCCACAGCACCAGCUGCAGUCAGUCCCAGUGGCAAAAAGGGACGCAAGAAGCACGAGAAAACCGACGAGGAGAAGGAGGAGUUGGCCAUGCGCAAGAGCGAGCAUCUGCGCGAGAUUGAGCAUGCCAAGACGGAGCAGGAACAGUUGCGCAACAAACUCGUCUCACUCGAGGGCAAAAUCCUCGUUGGCGGCGAAAAUCUGCUGGAGAAGGCGCAAACGCAAGAGAAGCUACUGGAACAAUCGAUUGCCGAGCUGGAGGAGCGCGAGAAAUGCGAGGAGGCACUGCGUCAAACGCUCCAGCAAAAGGCCACCGAACGCAUCGAUAUCGAGGAACGCUACUCGACUCUGCAAGAUGCCAGCACUGGCAUCACCAAGAAGAUCCAUCGUGUCAUGCAGAUGCUGAUGGGCGUCAAGUCGGAGCUGGCCGAUCAGCAGCAGGAGCAUCAGCGUGAAAAGGAGGGCAUCUACGAGAACAUACGCAGCCUGUCCCGAGAGCUGGCCCUGUGCGAACUGGUGCUCAACUCGUACGUGCCCAAGGAGUACCAGUCGAUGAUCAAUCAGUAUACCCACUGGAACGAGGACAUCGGCGAGUGGCAGCUGAAAUGUGUCGCCUACACUGGCAACAACAUGCGAAAGCACAUCGAGCACAAGAGUGGCGGCAAGGAGCCAGACUUCGUGGAUCUAUCGCAUGUCUAUUUGAGCUAUAACACCGAUGGCGUCUCCAAUCCGUUGCGCACCAAAUCCUCACGUCCACGCACCUCGGGCGUUCCACGGCCGACAACGGCGCGACGAUAUUGAAGCCUCCAAUCUUGAUCAGUUUUUCUUGGGUUUAUUUAGUUUUUACACUAUUUCUAUGCUCUUCUAUGACUAAUUUUAUUUGUUGUUAAUUUAUUUUUAGGUUGAACACUGGUGCAAUAUUUAGCUUUUAUUCGUAUUAUUAAUUUACAUUUCUAAUUUAUUGGAGUCUCACUAAGCCUAGUUGCAUAAGAUUAAAUACGUGCUUUUGGCUUUUUAAAAUAAACAAUUAAAUAC